AAUGGCGGACAGUUAUUACCAAGACGGACUGCGGUCCAAGGACGCAAGUACGCGGGAGAGAAUGAAGGCGUACAUGGAGAAACAGCUGACCGACUUGCAUUACCAGCAGUCAGGGUUUCACUUCAAGGACAAGUUUUAUGCGGUUUUCUUUGGAGCGUUGAUCAUCAUUAUGUUGCCCUUCUUGCACAUAGGUGUGUUCUACCGGCUGAUCUGGGUGCCAGACAAACCUCCCAUUGACAAGUAUGGGUGCGGGUGUACCUGCUUCGACACAGUGUUCAGAGGUCGUUACGAGAUGCCUGGCCCGGGUGUGUCAUACAAACACAUCUACUUCAAUGCAACGAAAGAAACCUUCAAGAUUUGGAUUGCUACAGUCUUGUUCGUUCUGCUAUUCUACGAGAGUGUCAAGUACCUGGUAGCGUUGUUCCGGCGAUCUGUCCGAUGGAGUAUGUUUCUGCUGUACAUCAUCAACCUCUAUCCCCACUACUACUCCUGGUGGUCCUUCUUCAGCUACUACAACGAGGAAUUCUACACCUACUUCAAACACCACAUGUUCUUCGCCAUCACGGAGAUCAUCGCCACCGUCAUCGUCCUCAGCCUUUGCAAUGAAGAGAAUGAUGUUGCGUCGUGGAAGAUCUCCGCCAUUGUUACCAUCAAUACCAUUCAUAUUCUUGUUAGCGGACUUGAUCAGUUUAUUUCUCAUGUCAUUGAGGGACAUGGAACAGCAUUCCAGAAUAUUCGUAAUAUCGGCCUGAUGAUUCCGGACUUUUUACAUGUUGUUAUUCCCGUUGUUGUGUUCCUUCGAUGGGCAAAGAAAAAUAAUAUUCCAUUCUUUCAGCUGUGUUAUAAGGAAGAACUCAUAAUGUGUGUUGUGUUGACGACGCUAGGUACCGUGCUGGGACGAGUGAUGUAGCUUACCUGGGUCAUUCCAUUCAAGCAACACCUGUGAAGGGCCGGGUUAGCAUUGGUCUUCAGUAGCCCAUGGUUAUUGUGAAAGGCGACUAACGGGAUCAGGUGGUCAGACUCGCUGACUUGGUUGACACAUGUCAUCGCAUCCCAGUUGAGUAGAUCG